AUGUCGACUUCUUCUAGACCUCAAGUGCCCGAAAACGCCGAACGCGCCAUCCUCGCCGCAGGCUGCUUCUGGGGCGUAGAGCACCUCUACCGCAAGCACUUUUCCGACAAAGGCUUGUACGACGCGCGCGUGGGGUACACGGGCGGUGACUUCGCGAACCCGAGUUAUAGGGCUGUUUGUUCGGGGAACACAGGGCACGCAGAAGCGACCCUCCUCCUGUACGACCCCUCUCGUUUGUCCUACCGCACGCUUCUUGAGUUCUUUUAUCGUAUGCACGACCCAACUACACCGAACAGGCAGGGACCGGACGUUGGCACGCAGUAUCGGAGCGGGAUCUUUUACACCACGCCAGAACAAGAGAAGAUCGCGAGGGAGGUGACAGGGAAGGCGAAUGAGCAGUGGUGGGGCGGUAAAAUCACCACUGAGAUCUUGCCGGCGGGUCAGUGGUGGGAUGCGGAAGAGUAUCACCAGCUGUAUUUGAGCAAAAAUCCCGGGGGUUAUGAAUGUCCUAGUCAUUUUGUGAGGGACUUUCCGGAUUUGAAGGAUUAA